GCAGGUCAGCUGAUUUCUGAAAGAGAAAUAAGAUCAUUUGCAGACGUUGUAUAAAGUAAAUAAUAUUUUUUUUAGAAAAAUUCUGGUAUACUAUUUCUGAAUUAAAAACCUUUUUUUUGAAAAAAUGGCACUACAUUCUGCAGGAAAGGGAAAACUUUUAGCUGUCAUUGGUGAUGAAGAUACCUGUGUAGGAUUUUUAUUGGGAGGCGUUGGCGAAAUUAAUAAAAAUCGUCAUCCUAAUUUUAUGGUUGUCGACAAAAAUACAGCGGUUGGAGAAAUUGAGGAUACAUUUAAACGUUUUAUAAAACGAGAUGAUAUUGAUAUAAUUCUUAUUAAUCAAAAUAUCGCUGAAAUGAUUAGACACGUCAUUGAUACUCAUAUUCAGCCUAUCCCAUCAGUGUUAGAAAUUCCAAGUAAGGAUCAUCCCUAUGAUGCUAGUAAAGAUUCUAUAUUACGACGAGCUAAGGGAAUGUUCAAUCCUGAAGAUAUUCACUAAUCCUAAAUUAAAAAUGCAAUAUAAGUUGCAAUGUAUAAGUUGUAUUAUAAAGGAUUAUGUUAUUCCUUCAUAUAAUAUUUAUUAGGCAAAGUUUUCUAAAUAUUUUCUGUUGCUGUAUAGUAUUUGCUGAAAGUACAAAAUUCCACACAAAGAACUGUUAAAAAAUGGCAUGCUUUGAUUAGUACAAUAAAGUUUCUGUUUAUAAUCUACACGA